UUUUUUUUUUUUUUAAUCAUAACUUUCCCAAAAUCGUCUCUUCCAUCGCUAGCUGUACCGGUUUCAAUCUCAAAUCCCGGGAAAUUGAAAUUUGUUUCUCUGUCGGAGAAUCAUCAUCGACUUCUCUGCUACUUCUUCUCUCCGCGCUCUCAUCGUCGUCGUCGAUCCUCUUCACCUUUGCCGAUCUCAUUUCUCCUUUCAUUUCAAUCCUGAAAAAAUCGAUGUGGUACUGAUCUACGAUUGUGCUCCGUUGGUAGCCUUAUGAAUUAGGGUUUUUCUUACGCAUCUUUGUAUGCGUUGAUUUGGAUCGUGUUCGGAAAACUUCUGGACACUCUCUUCGCUGCUAGAUUUCGGAUCACCUUUUUGCGAAAAUGGCAGCGCCAAGGCCGACGGGAGGUCAGGAUCUGUUCGAUACGUAUUUCAGGAGGGCAGAUUUGGAUGGAGAUGGUCAUAUUAGUGGAGCUGAGGCUGUCGCUUUCUUCCAGGGCUCGAAUUUGCCUAAACAUGUCCUUGCUCAGGUAUGGUCCUAUGCAGAUUCAAAAAAAGCUGGCUACCUUGGCCGAGCGGAGUUUUAUAAUGCUCUAAAGUUGGUUACAGUGGCACAAAGUAGACGGGAGUUGACUGCUGAGAUAGUAAAGGCUGCAAUUUAUAGUCCUGCUUCCGCCAAUAUCCCUGCACCCAAAAUAAAUCUUGCUGCAACACCCUCUCCACAGCCUAGGGGAGUUUUGCCUGCUACACAAGCUCAGGGAGUUACAUCAAUGCCAUCAGUAGCGGCUGGUGUGAGAGGGCCUCAAAUGGGUGGAACUGUAAGCACUAAUAACCAACAAGUAGCCCCAGGCCAGCAGAACCAGUUUACUGGGCUGCCUCCAUCUCAGACACAGCAAAACUUUCAAAGCCCGGGAAUGCCAGCUGGAGGGACUAAUGCACCUCGUCCUGCAAACCAACCUAUGCCAUCUGAUUGGCUCAGCGGCAGAAGUGUUGGCCCCUCUGGCAACGUGAAUUCUCAAAUUCCUUCGAGUCAGAGUACAUAUGGUUUGACAGCACCUAAUUCAACUGCCAACCAUGUACCAAAACCACAUUUUACACCUGCAGUAAUAAGCUCUACAACAGCCAGACCCCAAGAGUCAGCGCCUGUGCACAAUCCCCAAGAAUCAUCUGCUACUUUCGGUGUUCGUGUUUCAGAUGUUCCAUCCAAGCAAUUGGUGGCCAAGGAUCCCAAGGAACUGGCUGCAUCAGGAAACGGGUUUGCCUCUGACUCACUUUUCGGAGAUGUCUUUUCAGUUACUUCCACCCAGCCAAAACAACAUACUACAGGAACUGCAACAACAAUGGGAAUCUCAUCUGUUCCUGCUGGAACUGUUGCGGGCCCUGAGAUCACACAGUCUGUAGUUAGGCAAAGUUCAAUCCCACAACCGGGUGCAUUGAGCCAGCAUGCUGUUGGUGUUCAGAAUCAGCUUACUGGACAAUCAGGGCAACCAUAUGCUCCCUCAGGUGCGGCUUCUGGUCCACCUGGCUCUACUGUUGGAGUUGGAAUUUCAGCUUCCAGUCAGUUGUCCCAGCGACCGCCCCACCCCCACCCCCACCCCCAACCACAACCCCGGCCCCAGGUCCAGUCCCAACCCCCUUGGCCAAAAAUGACUCCAGCUGAUGUCCAGAAAUAUACCAAGGUUUUUGUGCAAGUUGACACUGAUAGGGACGGAAAGAUCACAGGGAACCAGGCUCGGAAUCUGUUCUUAAGUUGGAGGCUUCCAAGAGAGGCUUUGAAGCAGGUAUGGGAUUUAUCUGAUCAAGAUAAUGACAGCAUGCUCUCCUUGCGGGAGUUCUGUAUUGCGGUUUAUCUAAUGGAGCGUUACAGAGAGGGCCGACCUCUUCCCCCAAUGUUCCCAAGCUCUAUAAUUCAUAGUGAGAGCAUGUUUACCUCUCCUGGUCAGUCUGUGGCACCACAUGGCAAUGCAUCCUGGGGACAUCCACAAGGUUUCCAACAGCAACCACAUCCUGGGGCCUUGAGGCCACCAGCUGGUCCCAAAGGAAAGCCUCCGAGGCCAGUGCCUCUAUCUCCUAGUGAUGGAAUGGUCCAGCCCACUCAGCCAAAGCGUAAAAUGCCUGUGUUGGAAAAACCGCUGGUGGAUCAACUUAGCAAAGAGGAGCAGGAUUCGCUCAACUCAAAGUUUGAAGAAGCAACUGCUGUUGAUAAAAAGGUGGAUGAACUCGAAAAAGAAAUAGCUGAUUCCAAGCAGAAAAUUGAUUUCUUCCGUGCUAAGAUGCAAGAACUUGUUUUAUACAAGAGCAGAUGUGACAACCGAUACAAUGAGAUCGCAGAGAGAGUCUCGGGUGAUAAACGUGAGCUUGAAUCUCUAGCAAAAAAAUACGAGGAGAAAUACAAGAAGGCUGGCAAUGUAGGCUCUAAAUUGACUAUUGAAGAGGCCACGUUCCGUGAUAUACAGGAGAAGAAAAUGGAAUUGUACCAGGCAAUAGUCAAAUUUGAAGAAGGCAAACUUGACGAUAGUGUUGUUAAGGAGCGCACUGAACACAUCCAAUCAGGCCUUGAGGAACUGAUUAAAAAUUUGAAUGAGCGCUGCAAACAAUAUGGAGUACGUGGGAAACCCACUUCUCUGGUUGAGCUUCCUUUUGGUUGGCAGCCUGGAAUCCAGGAAGGUGCUGCUGAUUGGGAUGAAGAUUGGGAUAAGCUAGAGGAGGAAGGGUUUACCUUCGUCAAGGAGCUUACACUUGAUAUUCAAAAUGUCAUAGCCCCACCAAAGGAAAAAUCAUCAGCGUGGAAGAAAGAAGUUGCUGUCUCUUCAAAAGAAGGUGAAGAUGUUUCAUCCUCAGAUGCUGACUCUAAAACGGGGAAAAAGCAAGGCAGUGGUGAAGAGGCUUCUGAGAAGGAACCAACAUCUGAGCAGUCAGAGGGUAAAACAUCCAAUGUUGAUGCAAGAGAUAAAAACGGAUCUCUGGAUGACUCUAAUGUUAGAAAGGGCAUUGAAGCUGAUAGUUCACCCCGAACUAAAGAGAAGAGUGAAAAUGGCCAUGAUGAUGGUGAAUCUACUGCUUCUGCUGGUAAAACUGUAAAUUAUGACUCUCAUGACGAGACAGAUUCAGUUUCAAGCUUGAACCCUGACGGAAAGGACAAGGAUCAUGAGAAGUAUGGCAGUGGUUUUGGCUUUGGCUUUGGAUUUGAUGACUUCAGUAUUAAGCCUAUAAAAACUGGUUCGACCAUUUCAAAUGACUUCCUCCCUCCUCCUAAGUUAUCUAUAUUUGCUGAUUCCGUCCCAAGCACACCGGCAAAUGCAAGCGACGUUUCCCCUACAAAACCUUCUUUGUUUGCUGACUCAGUUCCGAGCACUCCAGCGACGAACAAUGCCUCUUACUCAGGCCAGAAAUCAUUCUUUGAUGACUCUGUCCCAAGCACUCCUGCUUAUCCAGGCAACUUGUUUGCCGAAAAGAAAUCCUUCUUUGACGACUCUGUCCCGAGCACUCCUGCUUACCCAGGCAACUUGUUUGCCGAGAAGAAAUCCUUUUUCGAUGACUCUGUCCCGAGCACUCCUGCUUAUAGCACGUCUGAUUUUAGUGGGAAGCCAUUUGCAUCAGAGACUCCUCGUUCAGACAACUUGUUCCCUGGAAGAAGCCCCUUUAUGUUCGACUCUGUCCCAAGUACACCCGCACACGAUGACUUCUCUAACAACAGCUUCUCCCGCUUCGAUUCAUUCAACAACAACGAUGCUUUCUCUCUAUCACGCACAGACUCGAUGCGCAGCACAAGCGAGCCUGACCCAUUCGCAUCCAGGUUUGAUUCUUUCAACUAUCAAAGAUAUGAUUCCUUCAAUGCACAAAGCUUUGAUUCCUCUAGCAACAACAACGCAUCGGAGACACCUAAAGCCUCAUUGACGAGAUUCGACUCAAUCGGAAGCACCAGAGACUCUGAUUACAGUCACGGGUUUGGGUUCGAUGACCAUGACCCUUUCGGUUCUACAGGACCAUUCAAAACAACGACAACUACAGCAGAGACACCACGGAGUUCUGAUAAUUGGAAUGCAUUCUAGCCACAAGCCCACGUGUGAUAUGAAAUAUGAUCACAUAUCAUACACUUUGCUGCUUCUAUAGUUUGAAUUACCAGUCGAAGAGUUAUAUGUAUCUUCAUUUCUUUGGUUUCACCUGCUUGCUUCAUUUUUUAUUGUUAGUAUAUAAUAGUCUUUUUGCCAUUUUAUAAGGAUUUAACGAAGAGUGUCCUUUGUUGCUCUCUGAGUAGUAUUUCUUUUUCCUUGUUUCUUUGUUUGUUAACUUGAAUAAUGAAUUCUUAUUUGUCCCUGUGAAACUUCCUAUUGUAUCUUUGUAUACAUUUCAGAUGUUUGAUAUAUUAGAUUGAUUGGUAAUUUUGGGAA